AUGCGAAAGGCUCUGGAGCGGCGCAUACAGACCGGAAAACUAAGACAGCUUCCCUCCCUUGGUACUUUCACAAACGAUUCUACGAAGCAUGCGUUGCCCACAGGGAAAGUGGUUGAUUUUUCUAGCAACGACUAUCUGGGAUUGGCGCACAGUACGACUCAACACAAGCUGGUUCAAAGGACUUACAACGACCUCUUCGCAGAACGACCACACGACGAAACCGAAGCGCCCUACGCAACACGGGCCGUACUCGGCGCAACCGGAUCGCGAUUACUAUCCGGUGAUAGUGGUAUGUUUCAUGAUCUCGAGUCAAAAUUGGCUCUACUGCACCGUCGAGAAGCCGCACUAUUGUGUAAUUCGGGAUACGAUGCCAACCUGACCAUGGUGUCCUGUUUGCCAUGUCGCAUCAUUGUCUAUGAUGAAUACAUUCAUAACUCACUGCAUAUGGGGAUUCGCUUGUGGCAACAACAGUCAUUGACAAACAGUGCGGCAGACCAACAAAGCACUUUGCGUAAACAAACGUUUUCCUUUCGUCACAACAAUGUCGAAGAUUUGCGAAGCGUUUUGGACUCGAUUGUACAAGAUGCUCCUGAAAUCGUCAUUUUAGCUGAAAGCGUCUACAGUAUGGACGGUGAUGUCGCGCCGCUACACUCCUUGCUUGAUGUGGCCUUAGAGUGCAAUGCCAGUGUCGUCGUAGACGAAGCACACGGUUUGGGUGUUUUCGGUUUUCGGGGCUUGGGUGUACUAUCGAAGGAACAUCAAACACUCAACAGCCACCCUGCGUUACUUGCUUCCAUCUAUACCUUCGGAAAGGCUGCUGGUUGUCAUGGGGCUGUUAUCUGUGGCAGUACAAUCUUGAAAUCUUACCUUUUAAACUUUGGAUACCCUGUAAUUUAUUCCACAUCCUUGCCGAUGCAUUCGCUCGUAUCCAUCGAUUGCGCCUACGACACGAUGGCGAGUACUCGCGGCGAUUCGUUGCGCACUCAUCUAUUUCAACUGGUGCAGGUGUUUCGAUCACUGCUGUUAUCGGCACUGAAUCUUCAUGGAGCCUCUCGCACCGACCUUGCUUUGUCACCGUCAACAUCACCAAUCCAGGCGUUGCUUAUUCCAGGCAACGCGACUUGUGCCGCCAUAUGCGACACCGUUCACCAGCUGUCACGUCAGCAGUUGCGUUUGUAUCCCAUCAAGUCUCCGACCGUGCCAGUCGGUCAAGAGCGUAUUCGUAUCGUUUUACACUCACACAAUUGCACUUCAGAAGUGCAGUGGUUGGUACAACUUCUGACUCAAGCUCUGCAAUCGCAUGGCUUGUUGAAGACAGGUCCCAGCUCUAUACUCGCUAAGCUAUAG